AUUGCAUUUUAAAUUAAUAAUCACAAAUAUAUAUAUCCUCCGGGAAGGUCGAAGCGCGGUGUUUAAUACAUCAAACUUAAAGAAACCAAACAAAAAUUAAAUAAUUUAUGCGAAUACUGAGAACACCAUAAACCUUUAAGAUAAAAGUAAAUAAUUUUAUUCUUGAUGCAAGAAAGAUAAAAAUUUAAUAUUACUGAUGGUUAUAAUAUUUGCAAUGAAUAUUUGAACGCUGCUAAUGAAAAUUCGAACGCGUUAUAUCUAAUUUGAGUUUUUUAAUAGUUUAAACGUAUCUUAACCAAGAUAACUUUCUCUCACGGCUGUUUACAAACAAAUGAUUCUAUUCUAGUGAUAUUAAAUAUAAAAUUUCAAUAACACAUCAACUUCUACUAACUAUAUAUAUACAUGUGUGUAUAUUAUUGAUUAAUACUGAAUCUUGACAAGGAAACAACGACGCAUAAUCUCUUUAAUAUGGAUUUACAUGUCGUUAUUAAUAAGGCGACAUUGCUUCCUUCGGCACCUAAUGCUAAGUUCUAUCGAUUGGAAGGUUUAAGUCAAGCUGAGAAAGACCGAAAAAUGAACGAAAAAACAGUGAAAACACCACCAAAUUUAAAGUUAUUGGAGAGUGAUACUGAUGAUAGUACCAAGGAAAGUGAUAUAAAUAAAAUAAAUUCUUCCUUUGAUAGACAUAGAAUAUUAGCAGCUAUUAGAACGAUACAUGGUGGCGUAAAUUUAUCUAAUUUAGAUUGGAAAAUAAGUUGGGAAAAACGUAUUGAGGAUAUGAAAAAGUCUGAAUCAAAGGAAUCAUGUAAAUCAUCUUUGCAUAAAGACACAAAAGUGAACUCUGAAGAUCAACCUGAAUUGAAAACCUCAAAACAUCAAUUAAUGGAGAAAAAUAAUAAAAUAUUUAGAAAUGCUGCAAUUAUGGGUCUCGUGAAAAUCAACAAGAUAUCAUUAGAAGACCUAGCUGAUUCAAGUAACAAAAAUUGCACAAAGGAAGAGAGCAGACUAAAAACUUUGGAUACACAGAAUGACAGUGAAUAUCAAAUAGAAUUUGUUCCUCUUCAUGAAGAUCCUGAGGUUUUUAUUCAUCCUUUACGAAUGGGAGUAGAUACAAAAAGGUUCAAAGACAUAGAUUUUACUGUCCCACGUGUUGGCAAGAAGAUAAAAGAGACACCGCAAGAAUAUUUUAUCAGAACAACUAACGAUGAUUCGUUUGAGUUUGUGAAAAAGAACAAAAAUAUAGUAUAAAUAAUAAAAAUCAUACACCAAGAUAA